AUGGAUAAAGAGUACUUUAAUGUAUUAAAUGGUAACAUGAAUUUCUAAAUAAGUGGUAAAGAAUACUUUGAAUUGAUUACAACAAAAGCUAAUCAAAUUGUAAGACCAUUAACAUUAAGAUUAAAAAUGAAAUAAAUGAAAGACAAAAUGGAAGAAGAGAUUAAUGUAAUACAUAUAUUAAUAUAAUUGAUAGAUUUCUAAAAUUAAACACGAAAAUAGUUAGUAUCAUUAAAAUAAUGACCAUUAUAUAAAAAAUAUUUUCUUUUUGUACAAAAAGAGAAGUAAUGCAUUCAACAAUAAAUCAAUUUCAAAUAACAGUGAAACAAAAAGUCCUUUAACUUUAAGAAACUUCACAUAAUACUCACCAAAAAAAUAAAAUUAAUAGUUUAAUAAAACAAUGUUGCCAUCGUCUCCAAUAAUAAAGACAACAAAAACGAAGGCAUAAAAAUAUUAAGAUUACUUAAAAUUAAAUCGAUAGAUUAUGAAACAUAAAGGUUAAUUAAAUGAAUAGAUUUUAAAUCUGUUAGAAUAAAAAGUGUAAGUAAUUAAUUAAAUUAGUCACAUAGCAAAAUCCUUAAAACAAUCAAGUAUGAAAUUUGGAAUUAACUCUUAUGAUUAAGCAUUGAGAACUAUCUAAGAUCUCAAAUAAAAUAUUAAUGAAAAAAUAAUAAAAGAAUGUAAUACUAUUUAUUAAGAAAAGUAAAACCAUAAGUUUAACAUUCUUGAAAAAACUUAUACAGUAUGUAUAAUAAUAUUAUUCUUAGCAUUUUUUAAGGGUUUUAGAUGUAAUUAAAGAAAUGGAUGAAUAAAUAUUCUAAUAUAUGUUGAAUUAUAAAUUUAAAAACCAAAUAAAUGAUCAACACGCUAUUCUUGAAGAUAUUAAUAAAAUGAGAGAUGAUGCAUACAAUGAUAAAGUUAGAACUUUUAGUAAAUAUCAUGAUAUCGAUUAAGAAAAGAAGAGAGAUAGAUAGAAACUUAACAAAAUUAAAAUAUAUUUUUGA